AUGCAGACUCAAAGUGACAAGGUGGCGACGCCGCUUAGACGUCUUGCAAUUCACUCGACCACGACGUGCUCGGCGGAGGCGACUGCAUAUGGAAAAUGCAUCCUUUCUACGUACCUCGACGUCCGCAAGGACACCUGCAAGCAGGAAUUCGAGAAAUUCGGACAGUGUCUGCGUCAGGCUGUAGGUUCAUAA